UACAGUGCAAACCAAAGAACGAUCAACGCUCGUAUGAUCGGAGAGCGCAUUCUCAUCUGUCCAAACUUUGUAGGGCAACAAUCCAACAAAGUCCAUGGCUAUCAAAUCUUCUAACAUGAAGCCCCUGAAAGACGACCCUCAGCGAUACAGAGACAUUUAUUACAACGCAUUCUACAAGAUGGCACUAAAAGAGUUCCUUUUUGAAAAAGUGACUCAAUUUUUUGAUACGACGGUGAUGAUGAGACUCACCCGUGCCUUCGAAGGUGGUGAAGAGUUCGGUGUUCUAGGAGUGGGACUUGGCGGUGGGCCACAUGAGCUUCACUUUAUGAAGAGUCUGCGAUCUCAUUUCUCAUCUAUCAAUACUGUUGGAGUGGACCCCAGUGAAUCCAUGCUGAACAAGUUUCAGGAGAGAGUAGCUGAGUUGGAACCAAAAGACGAGUCUUCCGUCUCAUGCCAGUUGUUCAACGGUCCCUUCUCUGAGUUCGUAGCCGGAAGUGCCUUGUCCAAAAACAAGUACAAUCUCAUCACUGCUAUCCAUUCACUAUACCACCUUGGUGACUUUGAGACGACCUUCACCCAACUAGCAUCCAUGAUGAAAGAAAAGGGUUUCAUCCUGGUUGUUUGUGCAAAAGAUAACCUUAUGACCAAGACUUUCAACAAGUUCACGUGGCUGUCAGAAAACACGCAAACGCUAUCAGGACUAUCUUCCACGAAGGUUCGAGAGUUCGCGCAGAGUCAAGGCUAUGACGUCACCACUGUAUACGUACCGAUGCAGUGGGACAUCACUGAAGUGUUUGACGACCAGUCUGAAUUUGGUAACAAACUCAUCGAUUUCUUCACCCAAUUCGCAUUUUUUCGGCAAACAGCGUCCUCUGAGCUGAUGGAUGAAUUGGUGAAUUUUUGGCGUUCAGUUUCGAUUCUGGAUGAAAAUGGACGUGUUCUAGCUUUAUCCGACGAAGAAAUUCUUCUGAUCUCGAAAUAAGAUCUUUGGUGUGGUCCGUCCGGGAGGGACGUCGCGACGUUGGGUAGUUCUGCGGGUUGACAGACGGACGGGCCAAAAUCAUAUAAAAUGCUUGAAAUAAAAUUAUUUGUUGGUGUAGGCCUACGACCAAAUGGGAUAAUUCAUUCUUGAUAAACCAAAAUUCAAGGACCCUUGAACCAAUGACGGCCGUUGUAGUGUCCAAUUUUCAGCUAUCCUUUGUCAGAAACAUACUUAUCACCACAUUUAUUAUUUUCAUCAAAGUUUAUGAGGGUAUUUUCAGUUAAGCCGGGGAUGACGCAGUUUUAACGGUGCUCUCAGUAAAUUGAAAAAUCCCUCACCAAUAGGCCUAUUAACAAUUUUUAUUUAGAAGUUUAGCAACGUAUACGACAUAAAUUACGAUUAUUUGUAAUAUGAAACAGUGGUGUGAGAGUUCAGGUUUUUAACUGAUUUCAGAUUUUUUUUUUUCAGCUUAAUGUCAGCUUAUUUUGGAUUUCCUUUGUACAUUAAAUUGAUUCUUGAUAAACCAUAUGUGUGUGUGUGUGUGUGAGGGUGUUUUGAGGUGUGUGUGUAGAUUUUUGUAUGUAUUUUUCUUAUUUACUCUCUAGAUUAUCAUUGUAUAUAUUUUUCAUCUCAUUCUUGCUGUAAUGUUCUGUAUAAGGGCCCCCUCUCACAAGCUCUGCUUGUAUGGGGUCCCAAACCUAUCAUGUAUUCUCAUUUUUUUUUUAAACUGUGUAAUAUCUCUUGUUUUGAUUGGUUUGAAUAAACUUGAGCUUAAACUUGACUUGAACUUUAAGAAGUAUGGGAGCUUUUUCUAUUUCAUAUUUUUGUCAACACUUUUCAGCCUUUUUUCAGAUCUUUUUAUUAUUUUGUGACCAAUCACA